AUGAGGCCUUGGACUCGAAGUAUAGCAACUAGCUCUUGUAGUCUGAUUCUUUCAAGGAUCUGCUUACAGGUUGUGAACUAUAUUUCAAAAAGUGUGGGUAGAGGAGUUGUUGGAAUCUUGAGAGCAGAUUAUCUUGAGCCAACUCAUAAUAAGCAAGAUUUUGAGAGAACUUCCCUGUUUCAAAAGCUUGAACUACGCCUGAAGCAAAUGACAUACGAGUACUGGGAUUAUCACUGUCAUCUUAUUGGGUAUCCGGAAAGGAGAACUGGAGCACCAGGUGCUCCUCUUAAUAAGAGGAAGAAGACUCAUGAGUCCAUAGACCUUCAUAAAAUGAAAAGACAUGUAAUGCAAGAAAAUGCCACAGUUACUGGAUUUGAUCCGAACAUACGGUUUCCAUUGGUGCUGAAACUCUGUUGUUCAGUCACCAUGACUCAGGUAUGCUGUUGUCGUCCAAUGCUUCUGCCAUCUGCUCCAGAGAUUGUUUAUUGGCCUAUCAUCUAG